CGGCCGGCGCGGCGCAUGCGCGGUGCCCUGGCGGCGGCGGCGGUUUGUUGUGGUCGCCAUUUUUUGUUGCAUUACUGGGAAAUCCCGGGGCGCGCGCAGGAGCCGCCCGACCGGACCGGGACCCGCCGCCGGGGGGCGCCGCCCGCAGCGGGACGGGACCGGGACCCGCCUCCGCCCGCGCCGGGCCGGGCCCGCCAGAGACCCCCCGCCAGGGCCGCUGCCGCAGGUGGCAGCAGCAGCAGUGCAGGAUGCCAGCUGCCGCCCGCCAGCCAGCCUGCCUCUCUGGGCGUCUCCCUUCCCACUGAGCCAAACAUGUCGAGCCAGCACGGUCAUGCCCCCUUCUCCAGCAUCCAGUCCAUGGCUGAUCACCCGCAGAUCCUGCCAGACCUGAGCGUCCUGCAGAGGCGAAUCCCCCUGACCUUCCGCGACUCGGCCACGGCGCCGCUGCGCAAGCUCUCCGUCGACCUCAUCAAAACAUACAAGCACAUCAAUGAGGUGUACUAUGCCAAGAAGAAGCGGCGGGCGCAGCAGGUGCCCCCCGAGGACUCGAGCACCAAGAAGGAGCGCAAGGUGUACAACGAGGGGUACGACGACGACAACUACGACUACAUCGUCAAGAGCGGGGAGCGCUGGCUGGAGCGUUACGAGAUCGACUCGCUCAUCGGCAAGGGCUCCUUCGGCCAGGUGGUGAAGGCGUACGACCACCACGACCAGGAGUGGGUGGCCAUUAAGAUAAUCAAGAACAAGAAGGCAUUUCUGAACCAGGCCCAGAUCGAGCUGCGGCUGCUGGAGCUCAUGAACCAGCAUGACACCGAGAUGAAAUACUACAUCGUGCACCUGAAGCGCCACUUCAUGUUCCGGAGCCACCUGUGCCUGGUGUUCGAGCUGCUCUCCUACAACCUGUACGACCUGCUGCGCAACACCAACUUCCGCGGCGUCUCGCUCAACCUCACCCGCAAGUUCGCCCAGCAGCUGUGCACGGCGCUGCUCUUCCUGGCCACCCCCGAGCUCAGCAUCAUCCACUGCGACCUCAAGCCCGAGAACAUCCUGCUCUGCAACCCCAAGCGCAGCGCCAUCAAGAUCGUGGACUUCGGCAGCUCCUGCCAGCUGGGCCAGCGGAUCUACCAGUACAUCCAGAGCCGCUUCUACCGCUCGCCGGAGGUGCUGCUGGGCAUGCCCUACGACCUGGCCAUCGACAUGUGGUCUCUGGGCUGCAUCCUGGUGGAGAUGCACACGGGGGAGCCUCUCUUCAGCGGCUCCAACGAGGCGGACCAGAUGAACAGGAUUGUGGAGGUGCUGGGGCUGCCGCCCCCACACAUGCUGGAGCAGGCGCCGAAGGCCCGGAAAUACUUCGACAAGCUGCCCGAGGGGGGCUGGGCCCUCAAGAAGAACAAGGAGGUCAAAAAGGAAUACAAGGUGCCGGGCACACGGCGGCUGCACGAGGUGCUGGGGGUGGAGAGCGGGGGACCCGGGGGGCGCCGGGCGGGUGAGCAGGGCCACUUGCCCUCGGACUACCUGAAGUUCAAGGACCUGGUGCUGCGCAUGCUGGACUACGAGCCGCGCAGCCGCAUCACCCCCUUCUACGCCCUGCAGCACAACUUCUUCAAGAAGACCAGCGACGAGGGCACCAACACCAGCAACAGCAACUCCACCAGCCCGGCCAUGGAGCACAGCCACAGCACCAGUACCACCAGCUCCGUCUCCAGCUCGGGCGGCUCCAGUGGCUCUUCCAAUGACAACCGCAACUACCGCUACAGCAACCGCUACUACGCCAGCACGGUCGCCGCCCACACCGACUGCGAGAUGCAGAGCCCCCAGGCUCCUCCCCAGCAGCAGCAGCCACGCCUCUGGGCCGGGGGGGAUGUCCCGGCGCCAUCCAGCGACGGCUACCCGCCGAUCUUACCUCACAAGCCCACGCCCAGCCAGCCGGCGGCACCGCACUUCCACGGGGCGGGCCCGCACCCGCUCUUCCAGCCGGCCGGGCGCGCCCAUUACCACCGCCCGCCCGUCUCACCCCACGGCCCCGAGUGCAUGGAGCUGGGCCCGGGCCCCCGGCACCUGGACUGCGCCCCUUUCGGCUCGUCAGCCUUCCGGACUAGAGCGGCGGUGGGGGGGCGGGCGGGCGAGGGGGGGCUGCCGCUGGCCUACCCCCCCCACCUGCGCAGCCGGGCGGAGCCCGAGGACUCGGCGCCCAUGCUGGGCGUGUGCGUCCCGCAGAGCACGGCAGCCAGCUCUUGAUGACUCCUCAAGCCAUAAUGCUCUUAGGAUGCGCUGCCCGGCGGGGGGCGGGCACGGUGCCCACGGAUCUUCACAGCCCCGAAAGCUGGCGCCGCCCUCCACCCCCACCUCCAUCCCGGGAGCUGGCGCCGCCCGCGGCCCCCUUGCCUCUGGGAGCUGGCCCUGCCCACCACAACCCCCAGGGGGUGGCAACACUCGUGGCACCCUGCCCUGCCCCGGAGCCAGCACCGCCCACGGUCCCUGACCCGCCCACCUCCAAGCCACCGCGGCCCUUUCUCUCCCAUAGAGCCAGCCCCAUGCCCACAGCCCUCUGCCCUCCCAAGCCAGUGCCACCCCUGCUGUCCCACUGCUUAGCCAGCAGAGCCAGUGCCCCCUGUGGUUGCCUGGAGCUGGCACUGCCCUUGCCCCCCAGACUCCCCACGGUCCGGAGCUGGCACUGCCCCUCCCUCGUGUCCGUGUGGUUCCUACUGUAAAUGGUUCCUCGUUAACACUGGCUCCCUGGGCCAGGUGGGCGCUGGGGGGCUGCCGGCCGAACAGAGGGUCCCUCUGCACUUCACGGACUGACGGCCGGGCUGCCCGCCCCAUGUCCAACUGGAAUUGCUGCUAAAACCGCCCCCUGCCCGGGCAGCAGGGCCCUAGCCAAUAUUUAUAGACCCUGGCCCCUCCCACCGUGGGGAAGGAGCGCCCUGAUCUCCCCCCCCUCCCCCCAUGUCCUGCUGGAAGAGCCCCAUGCCCCUCUCGCCCUGCCCCACCCUCCUCCCCUCUCGCCCUGCCCCUCCCCCCCAGCGUGUGUGGGAGCCCCCUGGGGAUGAGCCCUGUGGUCUGACACCCCGGCACUGGCGUGGCAGCGAGCCGGGCCGGCCGUGUGGCCCCAGUGUGGCCGUGGCUCGUGCUGUACUGUUUGUCUUUAAUUUAUUGUACCAAAGACGGUGCGCGGCUUCCCCUGGAGAGGCCGGAGGGGCUGCCCCGUCGGGCCCUCCCGGCACGGCCCCUGCGCUCGCCGCUGGACCCGGGGCCUCUGCUUUGGAGGGGGUGGUGAAUAAAAUAGUGACAGCA